CACCUGACAGACCUCACCCAGGGCACAAAAUGCACACUCAUCACAUAAACCGUGUGUUGCAUAAAGGACGCUGUCGCGGUGUGUUGCUCGUCAAACAUUACCCGUCUUCAUUUUGGUCAAAGGAACACGUGACUGUCUUCACACCUGUGAAUGCUGAGCUCUCCGUUGCUUGACGCCUCUCCGCUGUCCUCCUGUAGUUGGGGUCAGCCGAACACAACCAGCAUGCUGGCGCCGCAGGCAGAUCAGGUCAUGGCCCUCGGCGACUGGGAGGAACGCUGGCAGGAGGACCGAAUAGGUUUCCACCAGCCUCACGUACACAAGAUGCUGGAGAAGAACAUCGAUAAAGUUGUUUCGGGGCGGACAGGAGUUCGCUUCUUCUUUCCUCUCUGUGGGAAAGCUGUCGAUAUGAAGUGGCUAGCAGACAUGGGCCACUCGGUGGUUGGAGUGGAGAUUUCUGAAAAGGCAAUAAAACAGUUCUUUGCAGAGAACAACUUGACCUACAGCGAGGAGCCUGUCCCUGCCAUACCUGCAGCAAAGGUUUACAAGAGCUCCGAAAGAAAUAUCUCCUUGUAUCAAUGUGACCUCUUCAAAUUCUCCAGCUCCAUUGGCGGACAGUUUGGGGCAAUUUGGGACAGAGGAUCUCUAGUGGCCAUCAACCCAAGAGACCGAGAAACGUAUGCUGAUCUCAUCAUUUCUCUUAUGGCUAAAGAUUGCAGAUACCUUCUGGACACUUUGCUGUACAACGCUGCGUUGUAUUCAGGGCCGCCCUUUUUCGUGCCUGACGAGCAGCUGGCCAGCCUGUUUGGGAAGAGCUGUGAUUUGGAACUGCUGCAGUCGGCUGAUGCCAUGACCGAAAGAUAUCGAGCCUGGGGCCUGGACUCCCUGACUGAAAAUCUACACCUCAUCACUCCCAAGAGCAUUUAAAAACCAACUUGGGCAGUUUAGAAAAGCAGAUCAUGGGCAGUGUUAUUGCAAACACUGGCCCUUUUUACACGGUGCCCUUUAUACAAGGUGCAUGGAAAUAAAAUAACCAGAGAACUUCCAAAAAC